GCUACAUUUACUUGGGUCUCGUACGCACACAGUCAUAUGUGACUCGUUCACAAUCACGCAGUGGAACGGAUGCGACGAUUCGCGAUGGGGCAAGCGCUAGCCAACUCCAAAUUAAACAGUUCCCCAACACAUACCAGACACGUUGUAACUCAUGCAGCUCUAGUAUCACAGGGAGCGCGAUGUGCUCUAACCUGCGGUGGACGGCCUUUCCGACAGCUUGCCACUCUGGGGCGCGUGCAGCGGGGGCUCCACCGUCUGCACGCGCAGGCUGCGCCUGCAACCAAGAGCGAGGGCAGCUUGCUCCUCAGCGAUGAGGAGGUGGAUGAGCUUAUUGAUGACGCGGCAGGGUUCAUGUGCGUCAUGGACGAGCUGAGGCCGUUACAUCCCUCAGCGUACAACCCUUUCUACGAGCUGUGGACACGAAUAGCAAAGAUACCACCCGAGGAGAGGCACCGGCUGCUUGACGAGUUGGAGCCAGGCAGUCUGCGGAGCGUGUGGAAGGCCUCCAUGGCGCGCUACGUGCUUAAUGAGGCGGCCAGCCUGGAGCUCUUCAGCGAGGCAAGCGUGUGGGACGACUUCCCUGCAAGGCCGGGCCAGGUUUUCGAGUUUGAGGGCAGGUGUGAGCGCUAUGAGUUGGGCAAUAGCAGCUCCCUUGCAGGAACGGGUGGCGGGGUAAGCUUCAGUAGUGCAGUGCGCGGCGCCGCCAGCAGUGUGCGGCUGGAGGCGGACACGGGGAGGACUGCGGCACUGGGCUCCGCGGCUGGCUCAACUGUGUGGCUGCGGCCGACACCUGCCUCCUUUGACGUGCCGGUCAGCCGCUUCAAGCAGCUCUUCUUUGUCCCACCACUGCUUGAGGACUACGGCGGCGAGGCAGCUGCAAGCGGGGAGGUUACCUCACUGCCCACCGUCUACAGCAGGGUCGUGCUGCCACUGCUGGGUCCUGUGGACAGGUGGUGGGAGCCACUUUACUGCCGGCUGCAUGUGGAGUUGACGUUGACGCCGCUGCAAGCAGACGCGGGGGCCGACGUAUUGUUGCUGUACCCAGCGGACCCGCUGUGCACUGGCGAGCAGCAGCAGCAGUCGCAGGACGUGGAGGGCCCUGCACAGCCAUGGCAGCUCGCCGGGCGGGACUGGGUGCCCUUGGGGCCGUACUGGCCGGCGCCUGACCCUGCCAGCUACCCCACAUCACCCUUCAGUGGCAGCCCCCGUGACUACAUGCGGGUGGUGGGCCCGGGCGUAUACGUGGGCUGCGCCUACCGUGAGGGGCCCUCGCCAGGCGAGCUGCGAGAUGAGAACUUCGUGUAUUUUAUGUUGGUGCGGAGGUACUAGGGCGUAAGGUUAUGUAGCGCCUACCACGUGCAUGCUAUACGGUUCCAGUAGAUAGGCAGGCAGGGGUAGGCAGGGGCCUUUCAGGAUCUCACCUACUGGACGCACGUGUGUGUACAGAGGCCCUCCUAGCACUCGCUAGAGCCAAGCUUCAGGGGUGGCCUCUCGCUGCGUCCACUAAAGACAUUUGGUUUUUGUGCAUGGCUACCAUAUCUAGCUAAGACCGGCAAGUACCGUAGUGACGCAGGGUGCAGGAAUUGACAUAUGGUUUCAGAUAUGCGCUGUGCCUGGCUGGACGCUGCAUAGUAAGGAAGGACUAGAACAAGGGACGCAAGUACCAGAAGCGCUUUAAUGCCAUGGACGUACAUGGUCGUGAGCUAACGGCAUGGGCAGUCUAUUGCAGCAAUGCUGCUGUAAGUAGCUACGGAUUAUACAGACUCGCUCCAUGCGAAUGGACACCAUGUAAAUGGAUAGCGCC